AUGGGAAGAAGAAAGCUGAAAUGGUGGAAGCAACUUCAUGAACGUGUUAAGCAGCACAUUGAGAAGAAAAAUGAGCAAUAUGCAUCUAAGGCUAGCAAAGGACGAAAGCAGGUUGUUUUUGAGCCAGAUGAUUGGGUGUGGGUGCAUAUGAGAAAGGAGAGGUUUCCAGCACAAAGGAAGUGCAAACUGAAUCCUAGAGGAGAUGGUCCAUUUCAAGUUCUUGAGAAGAUCAAUGACAAUGCUUACAAGAUAGAUCUUUCAGGUGAGUAUAACAUUAGUGCUACAUUCAAUAUUGCUGAUCUUUAUCCCUUUGAUAUAGGUCAUGAUUCAAGGAUGAAUCCUUUUGAGGAAAGGGGGAAUGAUGCAACUCAUCAAGAGGAACAAACUGAGUCAAGUAUAUCAAGUGAUCCUUUACACAUUUCAAGUGGGCCUAUUACAAGGUCCAAGGUUAAAAGACUUAGAGAAGCUCUGAUUGUGCUUGUUCUAAACAUAUGGGCUAGGCAAGCUUCAAGUGGAUCUACAAAUAUAAAGCUGGGUUUGAGCAAUUCACAAGCAGUCAUCAAUGUCAUUCAAAUAGAAGAUGGGAGCUGUUGA